AAAAUGGAUCCACUACAGUGUCUGUUUUCGAUUGUAUCAGUUUUAUUAGUGACAACAUUAUGUAUCUUUGGUCAGAUGCGACCAAUAAAAAUCGGAGCAAUUUUUCACAAAGGAGAAGAACAUCUUCAAUCUGUAUUCUCGAAAGCAAUCUCUGACACAAAAAACGAAAACCAUAAACUCGCAUUUGAACUUGUAGCAGUCAUUAAGUACAUCGAAGGCAAUACCAAUAGCUUUGUGACUGCUAUAGCUGCUUGUGAACUUCUUGAGGAAGGUGUGGCAGCCAUUUUCGGGCCUUCAAGUCGGUACACUAGUGGCAUAGUUGCGAGUAUUGCUGCGAGAUUUGAUAUUCCGCAUAUAGAGUAUGUUUGGCGAGAAAACGAAAGAAAAAAAAACCAGAAGAAGGCUUCAUCAUUAAUGACUAUAAACAUAUUCCCUGCCAGUGAACAAGUCAGCCAGGCUAUCGCCGCUGUCAUUGAUUCAAUGAACUGGCGAAAAUUCGCAGCGAUUUACGAAACUGACGAGGGACUGUCGCGCCUUCAGAAGACUUUGACUCUAAAAGGAGACAUGAAAGAUCCGAUUAUACAUACAGCAUGGAAGCUUGACGAAGGGCCGGAUUAUCGCUCAAUGCUUAAACAGAUACGCUAUUUGCCAGUGUGCAAUAUAAUUAUCGAUGUUAAGCCGGAAAAUAUCAUGAAAGUACUCUAUCAAGCAAAGGAAGUCAGUUUACUAGCAGAUUAUUCCGACUUCGUAAUUACAUAUUUGGAUUCAUCCACGCUACCUAUUGUCGAAAUGAUAAAUGGUACUUCUAAUAUCACUGGACUGAGCAUAAGAGAGAAUGAUGACAUAAAAGGAAUUAAUUCGCUAGAUUCAGCGGUCCUCUAUGACGCAGUAUUUUUGUUGCAUGCAGCAUUAGAGACUCUAAAUGCAAGAAAUAUUGAAAAUGUAGAUAUGUCCAUUGAUCCUAUACCACUUUCUUGUACUAAUAGUACUAGAAAGUAUCAAGUAGGACCUAAUAUUAUUAGCGUUAUGCGAGAGAUAUCAAAGAGAGGAAAGAUAACAGGCAUUAUGCAACUUGAUGAAUACGGUCGUCGACGAGAUUUUAACGUAACAAUCUUGAACUUUCGACAAUUGAAUAUAAUAAAAACGGGUUAUUGGGAUUUUAAUGGUAUACAUGACGCACCGAUUACUAUGGACGAAGAUAUUUAUUUAUACAAAAGAUUCAUAGAAGAGAGGAUAUUCAAGAUUAGCGUAAUUGUAAAUGCACCCUACAUUAUGGAAGUGAUCGAUGGUUCAACGCGAGGAGUACUAAUUGGUCAAAAACGCUAUGAAGGUUAUUGCAUCGAUCUGAUUAAUGCAAUUGCAGAAUAUCUAGAUUUUAAAGGCGUAAUAUUCCAACUCGUAACUGAUGGAUAUGGCAGUUAUAAUUCAGAAACGAGGACUUGGAAUGGUCUAAUCAGGAACAUUCUGGAUUAUAAAGCCGAUUUUGCUGUAUCCGACUUAACGAUAACAUCCUACCGCGAGACCGUUGUGGAUUUCAGUUUACCUUUCAUGACCUCGGGUUUCAGCAUUAUGUUUAGCAAGCCGGAAAAGCAAACGUCAUCUUUUUUUCCAGUUUUAAUGCCUUUCUAUAUAGAAGUAUGGCUUUCUAUGGCUAUUGUUUGUAUCGUCGUAUCGAUAAUGUUAUUUCUUCAGGCAAAAAUGACACCUGGUAAGAGGAACAAUCCGCAUCAUCUAUGCAAUGCCGAUCCUGAAGAAAAUAAUUUUAACUUCAAAAAUUCUUUCUACUUGACCAUUGGUUCUUUUAUGCAACGAGGUUCAAACAUACGGCCCAAAGCAUCAUCUCUGCGCAUGCUUGCAAGUAUAUGGUGGUUCUUUACUUUGAUCAUGUACAGCUCAUAUACAGCGAAUCAAGCUGCCUUUCUCAAUAUGGACAAAAUAUCUAUUAAAGGAAUUGAGGAUCUGCCCAAACAGACAAAAAUUAAAUAUGGUGCACUAGAGAAUAGCUCAACAGCAGCAUUCUUCGAAAAUUCAAAGUACUUAACGUACAAACAAAUAUGGAUUGCAAUGGCGAAUUCUAGGCCAAGCGUAUUCACAUCAAGUUAUGAAGAAGGCAUCAGCCGAGUUAUUCGCGGCGAAAGACGAUAUGCUUUUCUCAUGGAAAGUACCACUAUUGAAUAUAUUAUGGAGCGCCGUUGCAACCUAAUUAAAAUAGGCAGCGUGUUCGAUAACAGAGGCUAUGGCAUUGCUAUGCCACGCAAUUCUGUAUACAGAAGGCAUAUUAACUUUGCGAUCCAAUGGUUAGAAAAGAAAGGUAAACUGAAGGCACUAAAAAAAAAGUGGUGGCAAGAAACAGGAGGAGGUUUGUGCAAGAAAGAUGAAAUGGAAAAUAAUGAAAGCACAAACCAAUUAGGGAUGGCAAGCCUCAGAGGUGUGUUCUUCGUUCUAAUAUGUGGUUGUAGCGCUUCGUUCUUUAUCGCAAUUUGCGAAUUUCUAUGGAAUAUACAUAAAGUCGCUAUGACAGAGAAGAUCACAACGUGGGAAGUGUUAGCUGCUGAGUUGAAAUUCGCCGUGAACAUCUUCGCAAUUACGAAACCCGUUAAAAUUACUAAAAGCAGCAACAGUAACGUAAGUUCUAGGAAGGAUGGAUUUGACAGCGCUUGAUCUAUUGCUGAUUCUUUCUUAUAUAUUGAUGUGUUCGGUAAAUUCGAUAAAAACCAUAAUAGAAACAAAUGUGUGUGUGAUGAUCAUGAAAUUAAUUAA